CCUGCCACUGACCUGAGGCAUCCAGUCACCAGGUCCCCAUUCUCCUGCCUUCUCCUUGAGGACACAGCCUGGCAGACAGGAUGUCACUGCUGGAAGCAUUCACCUUCCUGUCCUUCUGGGCUGUUGGACUUGGGUUAUCAAAAGUGGAGCAGUCCCAGAUAUCCAUUUCCACAGAAGUAAAGAAAAGUAUUAACAUAUAUUGCAAGGUAACGAGCUCAGAUUUUGAGGGGGAAUACAUUAACUGGUACUGGCAGAAACCGAGUAAGGCUUUGGAGCGUCUGAUUUAUGUGAGCUAGCCAGGAACCCCAGCUCGAGAUGACCUAGGUGGGAAGAAAAAUAAACUUGAGGCAAGAAAGGAUUCUCAAACAUCCACUUCAAUCUUCACUAUAAAGUUCAUAGAAAAAGAAGAUGAGGCCACUUACUACUGUGCUGGUUGGAAGGAAGUCAUUACAGAGUUUGGAGAAGGGAUCAAGCUCACAGUAACUCCCUCUGAUAGAAGACUUCCUGCAGAUAUUUCCCCCAAGCCCACUAUUUUUCUUCCUUCAAUUGCUGAAAUAAGAGGGCAGAACGCUGGAACAUAUCUGUGUCUCCUUGAGAAUUUUUUCCCAGAUGUUAUCAAUGUAUAUUGGAAAGAAAAGAAUGGCAAUACAAUUCUGGAAUCCCAGCAGGGAGAAACCAUGAAGACUAAAGACACGUACACGAAAUUCAGCUGGCUGACCGUGACUGGAAGGUCAAUGGAUAAAGAACACAAAUGUAUCGUCCAACAUGAGAAGAAUAGAGGAGGGGUUGACCAAGAGAUUCUCUUUCCUUCAGUGAAUGAAGUUAUCACUGCUAUUGUUUCUUCAACAACCUCACCAACAGAGCAAAAUGUUGUCACCUCAAUUGUCACUACUAUUGAUUCUACAACAGCUUAUCCAACAGAUGAAAGCACUGUCACUGCCUCUGAUUCUUCAACAGCCUCCCCAACAGAGCAACGUAAGGUCACUGCCAUUAAUUCUACAAAAGCUUGUCUGAGAGAUGAAAGCUACGCCCUGCAGCUGCAGCUCACCAUCACCUCUGCCUACUACACCUACGUCCUCCUCCUCCUCAAGAGCGUGGUCUACUUUGCCAUCCUCGCCUUCUGUCUGUUAAGGAGAACAGCAGUCUUUGGCAAUGGAGAGGUUUCUAACAGAUGGUGGCACAAAGAAGUCAACUUUUCUUCAUUUCUUUUCCGUAAAAGUGUCUCCUGAGGAUCUAGCUGGGCUUUCACUCUGGGUUUGGUUAUCUCAGUUCACAUGUGUACUUUUCUAUUAUGUCAUUAUUGUGUAAUGGUUUCUCAAACCACUGGGCAAACAGAAAAUUUUACUCUGUAAUGAUGAAUUCUGCCAUUACUCAGGGGCAGGUCCAAGGGAUAGUCCUUUAGCACCACUGUCUCCAUGAUCUCCAUCAGCUCAUCCAGCAACCCAAUAAUCAUGCCUUCUGAGUACAGACAGCAUGCAGCUUCUAGUGACGUCCCUUAGUGCCCUUUACCCAGAUGACAGCCUUGAAGUCUUCCAUUUUACAAAUCCUGAAGCCAGAAUUUCAUAUUCGAAUUCUGUACUUUUUUUUAUCAUAAUAGGCAUA